AAACUCAUUUGAAAUAGAGAGCGGCUAUUGAAUCAACAAUUUUCAAAAGCGGGAAAAUCACAUUUGAUGAAUCGACGACGCCAAUCCGAAACAAUGAAGAACCUUCGUUAUGCUUAUAAGAAAAUUAUGAACACUAAAAGCUCGACAGAUGUCACGCAAGUUGUCUACGACACACCCCGCAAAGUGGUCUGUUUUGGCAAUGUGCUCCUAGAUCGCGUCGUGAUGUUGGACAAUCCCAAAGUGCAUGAGAGUUACCAGCUAAAACUGGGCUCCAAGGGCGAAUUGGAUCUGGAGAUCGCAAUUAAAAUCGCCCCAGAGGCUGCCGACGGCUCCAGCUGCCUCUCCAAUCCCGGUGGAUCAGCCUUGAACACUGUGCGCAUACUCAAACUCUUGGGCACAGAGGCUCAGUUCUUUGGCGCUGUUGGUGAUGACGGAACAGGGGAAUAUCUGCGUGCCAUUAUUGCCGACCGACAGAUCGAUGCGCGUCUGCAGGUUAUUGAGGAUAUGCACACAGGACACUCUCUCUGCCUUAUGCGCAACGAUAAUCCCACAUUGUAUACCAAUAUUGGUGCCUCGGCAAAGUUCUCGUUGCAACAGCUGAAGCAUGCCGCACUCCAUGGUCAUGAAAGUUUUCUGCGUCCCAUCGGACGCAAACAGAUCUUCUACAUCGAGGGAUUCUUUGUCCCACAUCGAGCUGAGGUUAUCGAGUAUAUACUGCGUGAUCUGGUGCGGGAGCGUCGACAUCUGGCUGUGAAUCUUAGUGCACCCUACAUAGUGCGGGAACAUUCGGAGGAGAUGCUUAACUUAGUCAAGCGUGCGCUCUUUGUGUUUGGCAACCGUCAGGAGUUCGAGGAGCUGGCCACCGCAGCUGGUUGCAAAAGCGUAGAUGAGUUGGGAGAACAGCUGCUGCAGGCGGACAAUCCAAAGAUCAUACUCGUCACCAAUGGAGCGAAGGGCGUGCAGCUGAUCACCAACUAUGUGGCGGAGAAGUCUCCAGCAGGUCAAUGUGUUUUCGAACAGUACCAAGGACAGCGUGUGGAUAAGGUGGUGGAUGCCACCGGAGCAGGAGAUACGUUUGUCGCUGGCUUUCUGCAUGCCUGGCUGGAGAAGCGUUCGCUGAGCGAAUGUGUGCGUAAGGCCACCGAUGUGGCUGCCAAGGUGGUCACACAGGUGGGCUGUAAUCUGCCAUAGAUGCCUUAACUCAAUACCCCGACUUACCCCCUCCCCCCACAUAUGUAUGACGCGUUCUUGCCUUAGAUGUCUAUUUUGGUGUGCAG